AUGUGGCAAAUUAACACGGGAUUUGUUAAAGGACAGUCGGAUAACUUACCCAAAGUAACCGUAUUAAUGGUUUCCGACUUUUUUGCUGAAAGUUAUGUAUUUAAUAUUGCUGAAACCCGUGGUGUAAAAGCUAAGAAAUAUUGUCAUCUUAUUAAUGUACGCUUCGGUAGAGCUGAAAGUGGAAACUACGGCGAUUCAGCAGUUGGAUAUGUAGAGUUAAAACGGGAAAAAGACUUAUGCCACAUCAGGGGAAAAGUUUGUCCUGAACACAGAGUGAACAAUAAGGCGUAUGCUGUGUCAAUGCUCGUCGACGAGGCAACUGAGAGGGUGGAAUAUGUUAGAUGCGAAGAUUGCGCAGCUUCAGAAGGUGGUUGUAAGCAUGCCAUCGCUUUUCUUAUGUGGGUUCAUCGUCGAAGUGAAGAGCCUGAACCGACAGCGACAGUCUGUUAUUGGAAGAAACCUCGAUUAGCACAAGUUGGGUUUAAUGUAAGAAGCAUAAAAGCAAAAGAUUUGUUACAAUCAAAACAAACUUCAGUUCUUCCAAACAAUAGUGGCUUCUUACAGACUGUAUUACAAGAAAUGGAAAAAAACAAUUUUGAUUCCCAACUUUCGAGACAUUUUGUCCACGUAAAAUCGCACAGAGAUUUAUCGGUACACUCAUUAAUGUUAAAAUUUUAUAAUACCUUUA